ACAGCUGUUUUCUCAACCUAACCUCAUUCAAACAAAUUAUUGUAUUGGCAAAAAGUUAUUUUGUUCCUACUUUCGAUUCAUUCCACUAUGACCAAUAACGAGGCUAAUACAUCAUCAGCAUCCUCAUCAUCGAGCAAACAAAAAACCCAACUGGAAAUAAAAGACAAAGUGCGUGUUUUAUGUCUUCAUGGCUAUCGGCAAAACGCCGAUAGCUUCAAAAACAAGUUGGGCUCAUUUCGUAAACAUGUCAAUAAAUAUGCAGAAUUUGUGUUUAUAGAUGCUCCCCAUAAAGCUAAGCCCUUAGAAGAAGGCGGUGAAAUUCAGCCUGAUCAAUUGAGUUGGUGGUUUAAUAAGGAUGACGGUUCAUUUAAGGGAACGAAUAAGAAUGGACCAGCAUUUGGUUUUCAAGAAAGUUUAAAACUGGUAGAAGAAACUUGGAAGACUCAGGGACCAUUUCAGGGUCUAUUGGGUUUCUCGCAAGGAGCCUGUUUUGUAGGCUUAAUAUGCGGAUUGGCGAAAAAGAAAUUAACAUCUAUACGCCCGGAAUUUGCUAUACUCUCCUCUGGCUUCCUAUCCGGCAGUUUAGUUCACAAAAGUGCUUACGAAGAAUUCAUUACAAUUCCCACCCUACACACCUAUGGUUUAUCCGAUGAAAUUAUACCCAAAGAAAUGAGUAAAGAUUUGGCUUAUCAUUUUAAAAAUAUCGAAAUUUUAGAACACAAUGGCGGUCAUUAUUUCCCCGCAACAUCACAGCAAAAACAAACCUAUAUUAACUUCUUUCAAGAUCGUUUACAGGAAUAUCUAGAAAAUUUAGAAUUACAACAAACCUCGAAUGCAACCUUUGUAGAGGAGCAACAGGAAGAGGAAGUGGGGGAGGGAGAAGUACAAACAAUAUCCGACGACUCAGAGGACAGUGCAUAAAGACAACGUAAUAAAUCAUUUAUAAGUUUAUAAAAAUUAAUUUUAUUAUUUUUUUGUAGUAUUUUUAUUUUUUUUUUAAUUUUCAAUUAAUAAAAUCAAACCGAAACAUAAUUAUAAUUUAAAUUAAAUAGAGAAA